UGGAAUCUUGUAUCCUUGUUCUCCAACCUUUCCCUGUUCGUGCUGAUGCCUUUUGCCUAUUUUUUCUUGGAAUCUGAAGGAUUUGCUGGAUCAAAGAAGGGCAUUAAAGCACGAAUCCUGGAAACAUUGGUUAUGCUUAUUCUUCUUGGUCUACUUAUUUUGGGAAUAGUCUGGGUAGCAUCUGCUUUGAUUGAUAACGAUGCUGCCAGUAUGGAAUCUUUGUAUGAUCUUUGGGAAUUUUAUCUUCCUUAUUUAUAUUCCUGCAUUUCGUUAAUGGGAGGUUUAUUACUUCUAUUGUGUACACCAGUGGGUCUAUCCAGAAUGUUCACAGUAAUGGGACAGUUGCUAGUGAAGCCUACAAUCCUGGAAGACUUGGAUGAACAAAUCCACUGCAUAAUUCUGCAGGAAGAAGCGCUUAUAAGGAGGUUAAAUGCUAUCAGUUCUCCCCGAGUUCAAGAGGCACUGGGUGUGGCGGGAUCAAAAACACUUACUUGAUCAAAGACAUUUAAUUUUCAUUACCUAUUCAAUGAAGAUGAAAGGUUGUUGUACUUUAUGCCAGUUACAGUGUUAGGAGUGAACUAAUUGGUGUCGAUCUGCCAGUUGCCUGGGGGUGUCAGCAAUCUAACCACUUGGAUGCUUUUCUUUGAGCAACUGAAUCUGUGCCUCAGAACUGGGCAGAUAACAAAAUUAAACUGUUAAGUGAUUUUAAAUGAACUGUGCAGUGGUUUUGAUUGUGAGCAUUAAAUAUCUGAACAAGCCCA